CAUAGCGCUCCCAACAAGCCCAAACCUUGAGAUCUCGACUUUGAUCAUAAGGGCUCGCCUUUACCACCCCCAUCUCGAAACACGUUAGCCGGCGAAGACACUUGCCGCAUACACAGAACGUCAUGGUCGCCACCACAUCGGAACAGCUAGCAGCUCAUGCAUCGACCACUGUCGUCGUACACCCGCUUGUCCUUCUCUCAGUGGCUGACCACCACGCCCGUCUGGUCUCGCGAAGCACAACGAAGCGUGUCGUCGGUGUUCUGCUUGGGCAGGACACCGUCGUGAAUGGAAAGCGCGUGAUCAACGUCGCCAACUCCUUUGGUAUCCCAUUCGAAGAGGACGAGAAGAGCAGCAAGACGUGGUUCUUGGAUCACAACUACAUCGAGGGGAUGUUUAGUAUGUUCCGCAAGGUCAAUGCACGAGAACGGAUGAUAGGAUGGUAUCAUACUGGCCCGAAACUCCGUGCAUCGGACCAGGAGAUCAACGAGCUGUUCAAACGCUUCAUCGCGAAGCCCGUCAUGGUCAUUGUGGAUGUACGACCGGAGGUGGUUGGGAUACCAACGGAUGCUUACUACUCUGUAGAGGAGAUCAAAGAUGAUGGAACAGAGACGCGCAAAACCUUCCUGCACCUCCCAUCCGCAAUCGAAGCCGAAGAAGCUGAAGAAAUUGGUGUCGAGCAUCUCCUACGCGACAUCAAAGACAGCACGACGACCACACUUGGCACGCGCGUCGCGGAGCAGCUUGCCUCGCUACAGGGUCUGCAAUCGCGCCUGCGCGACGUGCACUCCUAUUUGCAAGACGUCUCAGCGGGCAAGAUGCCGAUCCAGCACCAGAUCGUGUACGACUUGCAGGACGCGCUCAACCUCCUGCCCGACCUGUCGACUGAGAGCGUGCGGAGCAGCUUCAGCACGAGCACGAACGAUCAGCUGCUGGUCGUGUACCUGAGCAGCUUGCUCAGGGCGGUCAUCGCGCUGCAUGCACUCGUGGACAACAAGGCAACGAUCGGGCGGGCGGAGCUUGAGGAGACAGACGAGAAGGAGGGUGGGGCACACGGAGGGGCGAAGAAGGGGGAUGAGAAGGUGAAGGUGAAGAAGGCAGGUACUGAGAAGGAAAACAAGGAGCCCGAUAGGGGCGACGCCGACAAGGGCCUGUAGUUUACUGUCCAUCGCUGCAUUACCAUUUCCCAUUUUCC